UUACUCUUUCUGUAAUAGGAAAUUCAUGGAAAAAUUCAGUCAUUUUGGUCUUUUCAGUAAAACCUACACUGUCAUAGUGGUACUGGGAGUGCUGCAAAUCUCAGUGAUGCUAUUUUACUACUUGAGAAACUACAGCGCUGGCGGGUAUGCGCUGAGCGGGCAAAUCGCUGAAGUGACGGAAGAAGCGAACGGUGUUGAAGCAUUUAAAACGCUGGAGAAUUGUCCCGAGACGUCCCCGCUCUUAGUGGGUCCGUUGCAUGUGGAGUUCUCUGAUCCGGUGGAUCUGGAGCAGAUCAGACAGGAGCUCCUGCUGGUGGACCGGGGACACUACAAACCGCCCCAGUGUCUGUCUGUCCAGAAAGUGGCCGUCAUUAUCCCUUACAGACACAGGGAGCAGCACCUCAAAUACUGGCUGUACUAUCUUCAUCCCAUUUUGCAGAGACAACAGCUGGAAUAUGGGGUCUACGUCAUUGAGCAGGAUGGCGAGGACACGUUUAACCGGGCGAAGCUGUUAAAUGUUGGCUAUGCUGAGGCUCUGAAUGACUACAACUAUGACUGCUUUGUCUUCAGCGACGUCGACAUUGUCCCGAUGGAUGACCGCAACACAUACCGCUGCCAUGACCAACCACGGCACCUCGCCGUCGCCUUGGACAAGUUCGGCUUCAGGCUACCAUAUAAUCAGAUUUUUGGUGGCAUCUCUGCGAUGAGUAAAGACCAGUACCUGAAGAUCAACGGCUUCCCCAACAACUACUGGGGCUGGGGGGGGGAGGAUGAUGAUAUCUCCAACCGGUUGUCGAUUAGAGGAAUGUCCAUAUCACGGCCUAAUGUCAUGAUUGGCAAAUGCAAGAUGAUUCAUCACGAAAGAGAUAAGCUGAACCCUCCUAACCCUCAGAGGUUUGAAAAAAUUGCCCACACGAGAGAAACAAUGGACACUGACGGCAUCAACUCUCUGACAUACAAUGUGGUGAAAGUGGAGAAAGACCAACUCUUCACCAAAAUCACCGUGGACAUUGGCAAACCCUGAGCCUCAUACUCUCUUAAAGUGCUUAACCUCUUGGACCUCCAGCUGUCUUUUAAGGUUUAGGAGAGGUGAGCAGGUGUGCAAAUGCAGAGGACCAGUGAACUGGGCAGUACUGGGCAGUACUGGGCAUCUGCAGGACUGGGAGAGACUGGCAAACCUUAGAUGGGUAUUUCUUAAAUAUUACAUGCUUAUCUGUUGGCUAGUGGUUCUUGCGAGUGGGAAUCUCAGAGAAAUAUUUAUAUACAUAUUCUACAUAGGUUUUCAUGUUCCACUGUGAAAUUGAAUAUAUAUAUAUAAAACUAUGCUGGUAGACUUUAGACACAGUUACACUAAGUUAUAAUUAAUGAAAUAAUGAUGUUUUAUACUAUUCAUUUGUAAUAUUCUGAGGAGUACAAAUUUUCAAAAUCAUUUUUUCAUGGGGAAAAUGUCUAGGUUUUGUGGAAAAUAAAUGUUCUAAUAAUUUGAUUGGUGGAGUAAAAAUCAUUCAUUCAUUCUUAUUUAUGUGCCGUCAUUCUUUUAAUGAGCAAAUCUGAAGCAGUGUGAUUUCGUUAAACACCUCCUUGAAGGAAAACCAGGUAGAAAAAAAUCUGUCAGAACAGUGAGAAGUGAUCUUUCAUCUAUCAAACCUUCAUCUAUUGAUCUUUCAUUCACUUAUCCAGCUGGUCAUUCUUAUCAUUUGUUUCAUGGCUACACACUCUACACUUUUGCCUGUUCUUUUAAAUCUAUUAUUGCUCCACUUUUCACGAAUCUACUUUCUUUUUUUUUUUUUUUAAUCAAACAGAAAUCUUUGAGUCUGAGAGGUUAGAAUCUCCUGCAUCUGAUAUCUCCUCCUACUACUGUAAACCAGCCAUGUCAUUGUUUCAGAUGAAGAAGCUACUCCCUUGACCCAGAAUCCCUGGACUAUAGAACUGUGACUCAUCACAUCUCCCACUCUGACCACCACAUAAACCAUUAGAAAGGGCUACAGAAAUUUACAUUUACAUUUGGCAGACGCUCUUAUCCAGAGUGACUUACAAAAGUGCUUUGUCAUUUACUUACAGAAUGUAUCCUAGCCAGUCCAGUAGUUUAGAGUCCAAGAUGCCAAUUAACUAAAAUACUGUGGAAAUACAGGGAUCAAUGCUGAUACUUAGAAGUGCAAAACAUUACUUUUUUGGUAGUUACAGUGGUUGGGGUUUACAGUUACAUUAUUUAGGUGAUGCUUUUAUCCAA